AUCCGCGUCUAAUAAUUAUUUAAUUAAUAAAAAUGUUAAAGUAAGAAAAUAGAAUUCCCAGAUAGGGUUUUGCAAUUUGCAGUGAACCCUAGUUCCCGUCUCCAUCUUAGAUUCUUAAGUAGACGAGAAAGAAGCAGCUGCAAGAGCAAGUGAUUAGCUGCACCAUCCUUCGUCCUCUGUUCUAAUCACUCACCAGCACUGAUACUUGUUGAAACAUUCAAGUAAACGAUGGCCGAGGAAACCCGUGUGCCAGAAUCGAUUAAAUCCUUAAGAAAGAGAAAAUCAGGGCAUAAGAAAAGCAACAAGGCAAAGAAGAAGCAAAAGCAGUUUCAGGGUAUUAAAGAGAGAGUCAAAAUAGAUCCCAAAAUGAAGAAACUACUUCGGAAGAAGGCACGUGAUUACAAUUCUGAUGAUGAUGAUGAGGAUGAGAGUACCCAUGGUAUUGGAGAUGAAAAGACAGUGUCUUUGAAGGAUGAUGAUAAGCAGGAUUUUGGCAUUGAAGUUGAAGAGCCUGAAAAUGAAGAAGAAGAUGAUGAAAUUCAGCCUGGAAUUACUAAAUUCAGCGAGGGUUGUAGAGCAUUUAGGAUUGCUUUUAAGAGUAUUAUGAAGAAGAGUGUAUCUGAUGAUUCACUGGGACCGGUGUUAUCGGGACACGAGAAGCUUGUGGCGGAGAAGCUUGCUGAGGAGGAUGCAGAAAGGAAGGUCAAGAGAGAGGCCAAGAAGGAGAAACAAUUGGUGGGAGAGAAGGGCCAUGUGAAGCCUGCUAAUUACUUAGACUCACAUGAAAAGUUUCUUAUCGGUGUUGCCACAAAAGGAGUGGUCAAGUUAUUUAAUGCUGUUAACAAGGCACAAAAUGCACAGAAAGGAUUGGAUCCUUCAAGAACAAAAGAUGCAAAAGUUAUAAAGAAGCGGAGGAAAGAAGCCUUCUUUUCUGAGUUAGGCAAGACACCAGUGUCUGACCGUAAUGCUAAGAACAUGCAGGUUCAUAAAUCUUCUGGCCCAGUGGAUAGUGAAGGGCCCUCUUGGGCUCCAUUACGUGAUAACUACAUGCUAACAAAUUCCAAGUUGAAGGACUGGGAUAAGAUGCCAGAUAAAGUUGUAGCAGAUGAUAUUGGCAAGAUCUCGGAAGACAGCGGUUCUGAUGAUGAUUGAUAUUGUUGACAUAAUAUUUUUUGCUGGGAAAAACUCCAUGCCAACUUGGGGAAAUUGAUAUAGCGAUAAUAUUAGUGCACAGGAAAGCCCACCUUUAUGUCUCUCUAAUGUUUUGAAAUGCAUUAUUUGAAUAUCUAACUUACAUGGUAUUUGAUUUUCAUUUACAUGGACUUUUUCUUCCUUGA